GUGAAAACAUACAGCAAGUGUUUGAUUUAAAAACAGCUUACUUUCGCUCCAAAACUUGUAUUCGCCUUCGAGGACAAUUGACAAGCCACCGUAUGAUUAAUUUUAAGUACGUAAAUACGCCUUCAUUGAUUUAGUGUUACUUUGGAUUACGAAAGCUCUCCAAAUCCAAGUAGUUUAAGGUUUGUUUUCCCGGAUGGAUGGUGGUGACAGCGGCGUGCCUCUCAUAACAACUUCCCCCGUUUUGAAAGAGCUUUAAGUACAGAACUAUAUUACACAAUAAAACAGCGUGCAUGUAACUAGUCGUAGAAGUAGUCUGCUGCUUCUGUCACAGUAACCCGCCAUGGCUCAGGAUUUCCUCCCAGGCAUGGAGAGCUCCGCUAUCUCUGUCCUAAAGAGAGCCGUGGAGCUGGAUCACACCUCACGCUUUCAGGAGGCUCUGGUGUGCUACCAGGAAGGGAUCCAGCUCCUCCUGGAUGUACUGAAAGCUGUAAAAGAUGAUUCAAAGAAGGUCCACUACAGGGAGAAGAUCAAGGGCUACAUGGACCGGGCAGAGCAGAUCAAGGACCAUGUGAACAAACUGAAAGAAGAGGGGAAAUACCAUGAGCAGAUAAAGAUAGCUGACAGCUCCACUGGUUUCAGCUACGAAUCCCUCUUCAGACCCUACAUCAGAGACGGCCUGACUGAAGUCUGGGUGGAGGACCCUUACGUACGGCAUAUCCAUCAGCUGUAUAACUUCCUUCGUUUCUGUGAAAUGCUGCUGAAAUGCCAGUGUAAAGUAAAGAAGAUCCACCUUCUGACCUCACAGGACGAGGACAGCUCUGCUCAGCAAACCAGUGCCCUGUCAGAAAUAAAGGAGUCUCUGCAGAGUCAAAAUGUCUGUCUGGACAUUCAGUACUCGUCUACUAUUCAUGACAGGGAGAUCAGGUUUAAUAAUGGUUGGAUCGUUAAGAUCGGCAGGGGACUUGAUUAUUUCAAGAAACCAAAGGGUCGCUUCUCUGUGGGGUACUGUGAUUACGAUCUGAGAGAGUGUCACGAGACUACUGUGGACAUUUUUCACACAAAACACACUAAGAAGACAUAGUCUUCCUUCGAAAGCUUCUCCGCUGCCUUGCAUAUCAAUGGGACUUAAUUUUGAAUGCAAUCCUCACAUAUCCAGUCAUUUCCGGGGGAGGAAGACCGGAAAUGAUCCCAGCUUUGACAUAAAAUCGAGUGAUUUUACCGCCUCUUUUAAAACGUUCAGAUGCGAGUUAUUAUUAUAGUAACUGCUACCACGGUUUUACUUCUAUUGUUCUAUAUAUUUUUAAAAAUUUGUAUGCACUAGUAUAUGUAUUUAUGAUAUGUUUACGUCUUUUCAUUAUAUCAAAACCCGAAGUGCAAUGCGCAAAAGGUAGCAGGCCUGUAAAACGCUAAUAAGUGCCCUUAAUAAAGAGGUUCGUGUUUC